AUGAUAUCACCUACUCUAAUUUUACUUUCAUCUUUUCUACUAGGAGUUCUAGUGAUUCUAGGUAACACUAUCACGUUUCUUUCAUCAAAAUCUAUGUCUCCAGGAACAUGCCAAAAAUACGGAGGAGAUGAACCACUUGUGAUUCCGGUCAAAGGGCCUCAGGCCAUGUUCCCAGCCCUUGUGACUGCAGACAAUUUCCCACUUUUCCCAUUCACUGACCAGUUCAAUACUGGCGUUGAGAUCAAUCCAGCCAACAAAGUGGUAAGUGCACUUUUUCGAAGAAAAAACAUCAAUUCAUUUUGAAGAGUAUGGCCGGAGACUUGAUUGUUCCCAUUCCCGGAUGGGGAAACUUUGACGUGGAUGGCAACUUAUACUUCGGGCGCAUUAACACUGACGUGAAGGUUGGAUAUCAAAUCAGACCGACUAAUCAUUUGAACAUCAAACCGGAGACUCUGGCUCUUUUGGGACAGAACCCAGCAUUCAGAGAGGCUAGAAGUGAGUUCUGAACGAUAUAUUUAAAAUUCCUUUACACGCUUUUGCAGAGAAAGCAAAGGAAGUGAUUGUGGGAAGAAUUCCGUACGGUUACGAGCCGAUAAAGUGCAAACCGCCAUAUUGUAACCCGUUCGUUCAUCACGCGGGAGUUGCCGUCGAAGUUGAGCAGGGAGAUGACUCCUUCUUCAUCGGAGGUAUCGACUUCCCGAUGCCGCUCGGAGAAAAUGGAGCGGGAGUCAGAUUCCCGUUGUCUGGAGCCGUCGAACAGGUACGACUAACUAUUAUGCAAAGCCUUUAAGUUGCGUCUUGUAGGGAACGUCUCCAUACGCUUACGCGCACGGAAACGCCUUCAAUCCAGUGUCUCCAUUCGAUUUCCGAAAAAUCGAUAGCGAUGACGUAAAGCCGGAUUGGCCGUAUGCACCGGGAUCAAGAAGAAGAGCUCCGGAGAAGAAGAAAAUGUCGGACGAGCAGAGGAAUGAGUUCUACUCGAAGUUUUACGAUAAAAUGCCACAAUAG